ACGCCCCGUCUUGCCCCGCCUUUUCCGCCCAACGGACCAAUGGCGUCUUCUUCCGAGUUUGGUCCUGGUUCCCGCCACGCCGGGAGGAGCCGGGGCGUGGAUGCCGAGGGAGUGUCCUCGCCUCCCUAGUGCGCAGUAAACGACCCAUUUCCAAGAUGGAGACGGAGUCCCCUAAAGCUCCCUCCUUACCCGCACCUCCCAAGGCCUGUGAGACUGUAAAACUCUCCCAGAAUCCCCGUUCAGCCAAACAGCUGAUGAGUGCAACACUUAGAGAACGAUUAAAGAAAACAAGAAGUUCAUUUAAUUCCUGUCAUGCUGUGGCUAAACGUCUUAAAGUAGAUACUGAAAAUAACUCCACCACUUCAAAGGAAGCAACAUCUUCCACUGGUGAAAGCUGUUCUGAGUCUCUGGAAAACUGUAAAAACAUGGAAAAAUCCUCUGAAGAAGAUCUGUCUUUGAAAGACUGCUUAAAGGAUGUCGAUGAUAGAAGCAAGCCCCUCGUCAUAAAUACUAUGCCAGAUAAUCUCCCCCAGAUGGUUUCAGAAGGAUAUAAUGCUGGCAAGCAAGGAUUGCUUGAAGAAAAGAUGAAAUUGUUGAAGCAAAUUCAAGAGAAGGAAGAGCUUCUUCGAAGGCUAAAAUUGACCAAAAUGUAUAGGUCAAAGAAUAACCUUUCCCAGUUACAAUCAUUGAUAAAGAAGUGGAGAAAUAGUAGCCAGCUGUUGCUUUAUGAGCUGCAAUCAACCUUGUCUGUGGAGAACAAGAAACUAAGCCUUACUCAGCUGAUAGACAACUAUGGAUUAGAAGACCAGUUACUACAUUACAACAGAGCCGAAGAAGAAUUUACAGAUUUUUAAUUCAGAUUAUUUUCAGAAAUCUGCUUUUGAGAAAGGAUAGCUGAACUCAUAGAUAUUUCUGAAUAUCAACAAAAAGAUACUCCUAAAGAAAGCAUAAAAAAUUUAUUAUGGUUUAAAUUGAUUGGAACAGUACAUUACUGUGAUGAAAUAAAAUUUAGACCAUGUAAGUCCUGUGAGAAUUUGAGUUAAAGGAAAAAAUGAAAAUGAAAGCAUGCUUCUAAAACAGUCUGGAUUAUUUCUGUCGAUUGAUAUUAAUAAAUUGUUUGUUAAAUUAUUUUAAUAUUACAAACAUGUCUAAAGCCAGACUUAUCUCCAAAUCCCUGUUUCUAUUAAUAGUACCGUUUUAUUCA